CUUCUCGUCGUUACCGGUGCGGGCAUCAGUGCGGAGAGCGGCAUACCAACCUUUCGUGGUGCGGGAGGCUUUUGGCGCAAGUACGCGUCGCAGGACUUAGCUACACCAGAGGCCUUCGCCAGGAACCCUAGUCUGGUGUGGGAGUUCUACCACUACCGUCGAGAACUUGUCAGAACCAAAAGUCCGAAUGCAGGUCAUGAAGCGCUGGCGGAGCUCGAACAACUCUUUACUGCCGCUGGUCGGUCGUUUCUGCUGGCUACGCAAAAUGUGGAUGGUCUUCACGAGAGGGCUGGAAGCAAGAAUUUGGUCGAACUCCACGGUUAG